CGCAGCCACUCCCUGAGAGAUCAUCAUUUGCAAAACAACACAAUGUCUUCUAAUUGGAUUCACCUUCUGGGACUGCUGGCAGUGUUCCUUUUCGUAACCCUGGCUGCAGGAGAUCCAUUUCCCUUCGACGAGAGACGCCACAGAGGCUGGAACCCAAGGCCUGGAUCGAUGCCGCAGAUUCCCACCACCCCACCUUUCAAUCCUUACGGAUAAGGCUUUAUAUAUAUAAAUAAAUUCAACAAAAUAAAUAUUUUCUAAUUUAAAGAACUAA